CUUGGAGCCCUCGUCCCUUUCAGGUCGGGCCCUCCGGUGAAGAUGGCGGCUGUGCAGGGAGCGGUGGUAGGCGAGGACAGCAACGAGACGAAACUGAGCAAAAAUGAGCUGAAGAGACGUUUGAAGGCAGAGAAGAAAUUGGCUGAGAAGGAGGCAAAGCAUAAGGAACUCAGUGAGAAGCAGCUGAAUCAAGCCUCCACCACCAAUCACUCUGUUGACAAUGGUGUGCUUGCUGAUGAGGAGACCCUGGACCCAAAUCAAUAUUAUAAGAUUCGCAGCCAAGCAAUCCAGCAGCUGAAGAUCAGUGGAGAAGACCCAUACCCACACAAGUUUCAUGUAGACACCUCACUCACCCACUUCAUCGAGCAAUAUAAUCAUUUACAACCAGGUGACCACCUGACUGAUAUCACUGUGAGAGUGGCAGGCCGAAUCCAUGCAAAACGGGCUUCUGGGGGAAAGCUCAUCUUUUAUGAUCUUCGAGGAGAAGGGGUCAAGCUACAAGUAAUGGCCAAUUCCAGGAAUUAUAAAUCAGAAGAAGAAUUUUUUCACAUAAAUAACAAACUUCGACGGGGAGACAUUAUUGGAGUUCAGGGUAAUCCAGGGAAGACAAAGAAGGGAGAGCUAAGCAUCAUUCCCUAUGAGAUUACACUCCUGUCACCAUGUCUUCAUAUGUUGCCUCACCUCCAUUUUGGCCUCAAAGACAAGGAAACACGGUAUCGGCAGAGGUACUUAGACUUGAUCCUGAAUGACUUUGUGAGGCAGAAGUUUAUCACCCGCUCCAAGAUAAUUACCUUUAUAAGGAGUUUCCUAGAUGAAUUGGGCUUCCUGGAGAUAGAAACACCAAUGAUGAACGUCAUCCCAGGUGGAGCUGUUGCCAAACCCUUUAUCACCUACCACAAUGAUCUGGACAUGAACUUGUAUAUGAGAAUUGCUCCAGAGCUCUACCACAAGAUGCUGGUGGUGGGUGGCAUUGACCGAGUUUAUGAAAUUGGACGUCAGUUCAGGAAUGAAGGAAUUGAUUUGACUCACAAUCCUGAAUUCACAACCUGUGAGUUCUACAUGGCAUAUGCAGACUACCAUGAUCUCAUGGAGAUCACUGAAAAGAUGAUAUCAGGAAUGGUGAAGAGCAUUACAGGAAGUUACAAGGUCGUCUAUCAUCCAGAUGGCCCAGAGGGCCAGGCCUAUGAUAUUGACUUCACGCCACCCUUCCGCAGAAUCAGCAUGGUGGAAGAGCUUGAGAAAGCUCUUGGAAUGAAGCUUCCUGAAACCAGUCUUUUUGAAACAGAAGAAACUCGUAAGAUUCUCGAUGAUAUCUGUGUGGCGAGAGAUGUGGAGUGUCCCCCUCCCCGGACCACAGCCAGGCUUCUUGACAAGCUUGUAGGUGAGUUCCUGGAAGUGACCUGCAUCAACCCCACCUUCAUCUGUGACCACCCACAAAUAAUGAGCCCACUGGCCAAGUGGCAUCGCUCCAAGAAUGGUCUGACUGAGCGUUUUGAGCUCUUCGUGAUGAAGAAGGAAAUAUGCAAUGCCUACACGGAGCUGAAUGACCCUGUGCGGCAGCGACAGCUUUUUGAAGAGCAGGCCAAGGCCAAGGCUGCAGGUGAUGAUGAAGCCAUGGUCAUCGAUGACAAUUUCUGUACUGCCCUGGAGUAUGGCCUCCCGCCCACAGCCGGCUGGGGGAUGGGCAUUGACAGACUCACUAUGUUUCUUACUGACUCCAACAACAUUAAGGAGGUCCUUCUCUUUCCUGCCAUGAAACCUGAAGAGAAGAAGGAGGCAUCAUCUCAUUCUGGUGUGUCAGAAGGCACAGUGGCCGCCACCACCAGCUAAAGGAGAGGAGCUUCACCUCUCCUGCUAUGGACAAGGGAUUCAGGGCCAGCAGGACUGAUGUGAGUGACCAUAGCUCAGUCCAUCGGAUGUCUCCAAGCUAGAGAUGUGUGGCCAGGAGCGCUUUCUACUUCUCAUCACCAAAUAAACCAUUUUUCUCUUU